GCGUAGUAACAGUUGCUAAGCAGUGCCCGGAGACCUGCCGGGCACGCGUGGCCCACCGCGUAUUCCCUCUUUUUUCUGAAGGGCGGGGCUCCGGGGGCGGAAGUGACGUGAGCCGGGAGGGGCGGAGGAGCGAUCUGCACCGGCUUGGGUCUCGGGCGCACUGACUGGCAGGCUAGAGCUGGCUACAGGAGUGGAGCUGUAUAAUGCCUACACGAUGGACAAAGAGUUAGAAGCUGAGAUCCACCCAUUGAAGCCUGAUGACAGAAAGCCUCGGGGGAAUUCGGAAAGCCAAACUGAAAAGGAUGGUUCCUUUAAAAAAGCAUCUCAUCAUUCCCGGUUUGCCCAGUGCCGCACAGUCGUUUUUUUCUUUUUGUUAUUUACCUGCCUCUUUGUGGUAUUCAUCAUUUCAUUCAUCAUCCCAUGUCCAGAUCGGCCUAUAUCACAAAAAAUGUGGGAAAUAAAUUAUAACACAGCAGUAACCUAUGACUUCAUGGCAUUUAAAGAUAUAAACGAAGACACAGUGCAAGAUGUUAUUUUUCUUUAUAAAGACAGCAACAGCAGCAGCAGUUUUAACACAUCCUGUGCAGAUGAAGGCUUUUCCUCCCCAUGUGUCUUCCUUGCUGCUGUGUCGGGCGCCAACGGCAGCCUGCUCUGGGAAAAGCCUGUUGCUCAGGACGUUGCCAGCAUGGAAUGUUUUGAUCACCAGACGACAAAGGGGCCACCCCCACCCUCAGGCUGCUUUAUUGUGGGGAAAUAUAAUUCUUUCCUUGCAGUUGAUUCUUCCAUAGGGGAAAUACUGUGGAAACUGCCUUUGAGCUUUGGAGUUAAUACCUCAGUACUGAGCCCGUUCCUGAAUAUACCUGAUGUGACUGACGAUGAGGUUCAAGACUUGCUACUCUUCGUCAGAUCGGGGAGAGAGAUUAAAAGUUACCUCUAUUCAAGCAGUACUGGUGAGCAAGUUGGUUCCGUGAGCCGCCUAAAUCUAGAAGGAGAAGUUGGUUAUAUCAUGCAUGUCACAAACACUGGAGCCUACUACGUUAUUUUUCAUUCUGCAUCUUCCCUCUAUGGAUAUUCUCUGAAGGAUCUUUAUGAGCAAAUGACUGGAGGAAAGAACAAGUUUGAGGAAGAUCCUUACUGGAAGAUAAUGAUUGACAAUGCUACCCACAGAGUGCCUCCUUCUCUCAGCUUGGGAACGAUCCGUUACCUGAUGAAAGUACCUGGGAGUACAGGGGAAGACAUACUCCUUGUGAAAUCAGAUGCAUGUGAGCUGCUUGAUGGGCAGACGCUUAUUUCGAAGUGGACCCUCAACGCAUCUGAAGUUGUGAGAAAACCAGUCCUUGGCUACUACAAACCAGAUGCAGUUGCUAUAGUCCUUGAAAAUGGAACCGGUAUCCAAAGAAAGAUCUUGAUUGUGGCCGCCACUUCGGGAGCCAUCCUUUGGAGCUACACCCUGAACUCAUUUGCAGGGACUCCCAAGCCAGCCACCGUAAAGACAGCAGACCGACGUUCUGCCUUCUUCUUCUGGAGCAGUAAUAACCAGAUGGAACCUGUUGACUCACAGAAAAACCUGUAUAUGUUCCACCCCACUUUUCCCAAUAUCUUUUUGGAACUUACCAACACUACCAAAAACAUUGUGGCCUUUAAUGUGUUGUUUGAGCAGAGCCACCAUGCCUCUUAUGUGCUGCUCACUGGGCCCACAAAUCAAGGAUGGCCUGGCCUGGUGUCUUUGUCAAAGCAAAAAGUGAAGGAGAACGUCCUAACUGCUCAGGUGGUCUGGCUGGGAGCGGCAAGGCGUGAGAAUGAACAGACCAUUAAAGACCGGUUUUAUGAGCUGAGAUACAAGAAAGAAGCAUAAACUCUUCAGCAGACGAUGUCUGGUUUUUUCCCCUAGUUUUUCUUCCUCCUCCUUAAGAAACCAACUGAAGAAAUUAAAGUCCAAGAAAGCUCUACUUUUCACGUGUUCUCCAAACUGACCUAUGCGUAGGGCAGAAGUGCAGUUUCUUCCUCUUGUGGAGACAGAAUUGGAGUCAUUGGUCCCAAGUCUUUCUCCAGGUGCCUUACUCAGUCUGAGGUUUUUUACAUGUUUCUUACAAAUAAGGAACAGUUAGGAAAGGUAACUCAGGGGAAGCCUAACUCGUUACACCUUUGAUAGCAUUAAUCCCACUUUCUUGGUGUGUCUUCACUCCCUUGCCCUGGGCGUGGGGUCGAGGGGUGCUUCUGUGUAAGGCAGGCCUGCACCACGUAUGGCAUGCCCAUUGUCUGCUUGUGGCUCCCCAAAGGAUUUUGGGCAGCCCUCAAAAAAUGUAGGGUUGCCAAUGUGCACUCUCCUCUGUGUCACAUGACCCGUGCCAUCACGAGUCUAACUUGAGUCUAACCCGUCUGCAGCCCCAAAAAGUUUAGCCUGUUUUAAUUUUGGCUCCUACCUACUGCCAAGUUGUACAGGUCUGCUCUAAGACAUAGUACAAGGACCCUGUCUGAGUUCAGACAAGUUCUGCCUCUGCCCUCGCUUGUGUUCACAGCCUUCUGAAGCUUCUCUAAAGACAGCCUUUUUAGGCCCUGCCCAGCCCUCCAGGCUAAGCAUGAGGCCAUUCACUUUACUGUAGGGCCAACUGAAUGCAUUUCUGUUGAGAUUUCCUCCUUGAAGGCAUAUGGGGUUUGGGGCUGAUGAGUCAGGCUGAGGGAGGUGGGACGCUUUCUUGGUGAUUUUCCUGUCUCAAGGAACAUCGCCAUCUAGCCAAGCUGGCAGGAGCCCCUAAGGACCUUGAGAAAGCAAAUAAGGUAACUCAUGGGAUGACUGAGCGAUGCUGACACCUUCAGGAGAUUCUGAAGCAGCUGAGAGUCUGCUGUCCCUCCUCCAGCUUUCCCUAACUUGAUAUGGAAACACUUCUGUUCCUGGUCAAAUAGCAGCGUCUCUUUAAAUAAGAUCCUAAUGUCUAGCUCCAGUGAAUACGUGUCAGCAGAGACACUGCUGGUCUGACUGUUCCCCCUGCUUGCAGCCACUUAGACUAUACUGACCUCCAGUCUGGCACUGGACUCUGGGGGAGUCCUGGUGGACUGCUGCUUUGGCUUCUCUGCCUCAGGCCCUCUUCUGCCCCCAAAUCCUAAUUCAGGAAGCUUUCUUUGUCUUGGUCCAGUAGAGAUUUUGGCCUGUAGGAGCCCCUUGGACUCAUUCCCCGGGGGCACUGGGCUUCAGAGAUAUUCCAUGGCUAUAGUUUGGGACAGAUAGCACUGUUCCCAGUAUAGCGGUGCAUUGAUGGGGGGCAAGUUGCUCACAGAAUUUGGUGGUUUUAAAACUAUACGCAUUGGAUACUUGUAGCAUAAAUUCCAAAACAUACCCCGCUGAGGUAACACACACUUGGGAACAUUUUUUACACCAGCAUCUAUAGGAAACAGUGGGUUUCUUGGGUGUUUUACUCUGGGCCUGUUCUCCUUUAUGGAACCACAAUGAACUGGACUAAUCGCCUGCUAAAGUUAGAAGCAUGAAGCGAAGGCCCUCCGCACUGCACUGCUGUUCAACGCCAGAUGGCCGAGCCCCUCCCAGGGCCACAGCGGUGCUUCUGCAGCCUGGGACUAAAGCGUUCCCCCUGUGCUUGGUGACUUAGGGAACAAAGGACUUCCUUGGGUGCCUUGUUGAUCUUAAGCCCCUCAGGGCAGGUGCAGCUUAGGACCUGCCCUAGAUCGUGGAGCUUGACCUUUAUAACUUAAUACAAAUUGAUUUGAACCCUGCAGUGUCCACUAGUCUUUCUCAAUAAAUGUUUUUGUGUUGUUUGUAAAUGCCACCAGUGUGUGGAGUGUGCUGCAAAUGCAGUGGGGGCCAAUAAACUGGACCUCCCUGGGAGUGUUUCGUGGUGGGACGGAUGUAAAAGAUAUAGGCCCAGCUCACGAUUUGCAAUUUUAGUAGACAGGGGCGCGAUAGUUCAUUUGAUCUGAAAUCUUAACAGGACUUGUGGGUCUCUACUUCAGCUUCUAGCCCUUUAAGAUGAAAGAAAGUAAAUCCAGUGGAGUAGCCAGUAACGAUUUACUGUCACGUGAGUGGAAAGGGCCAGCAUUGGGCCAGUCAUGUCUCAGCAGCUUCCUACCUCCUACAGUGAGGACUUGAGCCUUUUUUCAGAUAGCACAGCUCCGCUCCCCAACCCCAGCCAGUCCAGAUGGGUCUCAUUAUACUCCCCUCUCCUUAGAGUAAUGAAGAAGGGAGUGUGAAGGCACAGAAGCCAAAAGGCUUGUGUGGGAGACCUCAUGUAGUCACACCACAGGAGUGAACGACUUAGAACCAACAUGUGAAAAAUAGGACAGAAUCAAGAGAGGGUUACUGAGGCAGUCGAAAAAGACUUACUGAGAGGAAGUCAGGAAUUCAGGGCAGCUACGUGCCCCGAUAUUGUACAUGUCUAUGUACCCCUGAGCUUGCAAAUGGUUUUUACUCCUGCAGCAGCAUGGUGUAGGGAAAAGAUCUCUGAUUUCUGGCAUGCCACUCCCUAUUAAGCCUCAGUUAUUUCCUCUGUAAAGUGGAGAUAAAGUGUGAUCUUGCCCAGAGAAAUGGGAGGAGGAUGUACCUGCAAGAUUUUUUUCAAAAGAACCCGUAAGGAUAGGCAUGGGGAAAAUAGGGACCAAGCUUUGAUUACUAGGCCACAACUUUUUUGGGGGGCUAGGCAGUGGGGUUAAGUGACUUGCCCAGGAACACACAGCUAGUAAGUUGUCAAGUGUCUGAGGCCAGAUUUGAACUCAGAUUCUCCUGACUUCAGGGUCAGUGCUCUAUCAACUGUGUCACAAGCCCCCAGGCUCACAAUUCUUUUAAACUAUUGGUGGGAACUCUGGGCUUUCUUGGCUUUAAUUUUUGCAUAAAUUAAACAUACAGUAAGCAUCUUGCAAUCUCUGAGUACAUGCUGGGUAAGGAAGACGACCUAUAGGGAGAGCACCGGUUAAUCUCAGCCAUAGAAAUAGCAAGAGAUGAUUUUAAAUAAUACCACAAAUAACAUCCGUCUUAGCAGAAGUUUCCUCACUUUGUUCAGAGCUCUGCUUUAUAAUCUUCAGUGGUUUCCUAUUGGAUGCUGAAUAAAAUUCAGAUAUCUUUGUGCCAUGCCA